AUGCGCGCGGUGACCUCGAUGCCGUCGGCGUCGUCGGCGGUCCCCCGGUGGACCCCGCGGCGCGCGCCGUCCUCGAGGAGGCGCGUCUCCUCCGACCGAACCCCCGCGCGCGCCCUCGGCUCCUCCUCCCCGACGGCGGGCGGUCCCGGCCCCAUCCGUGUCACGUGGACCGGCGGGGGCGCCGCGGAGGUUUCGGGCGCCGGCGCGACGUUGGGCGCGGGCGCGGGCGCCGACGCGCGCGUGACGCUGCCGGGCGUCGCCGACGCGCACGUCAAGCUCGAGGUCAAGCAGGGCCGGGUUUUCGUCACCGCGCUCAAGGGGGGCGGGAGGGUCACCCUGGGGGACAGCUCGCUCUUCCCGGGAGUGGCGUACGCGGUGAAGGAGGGCGCGACGAUCGGUCUGGGCGAGGAGGGGAGCGAGGUGACGGUGGAGCAGGUGGACGGAGGCGCGGGAACCGCGGGGAUCGACAUGAUGUCGAAGAUGAUGCAGAUGCAGUUCGAGGCGACGCUCAAGCCCGAGAUCAAGAAGGCGCUCGAGUGA